ACUGAGGCACAGGGAGUGGCUCAGGUUUCUUAACACUUCCCUGCUGUGGCGAAAAGGAGAAAUAAUUAACAGCUCCUGGGGCUCUAGGAUCGCUGAUCGCGUGGGGGGCACUGCAAGCGCCCAGCUGAGCCAUGCUCUGGGAGGAGACAGGCGCCGCCCCUGCGCCCGCGCGGGCCUCGGACCUCCCCUACAGGUGAGUGACUCGCGGAGUCCCAGUCCGGCAGAGACAGGGCACUGGUUUCCCUCUACCAGAGUUCCUGACCCAGCCGAGAACAAACCGCGGAGCAAGUUCAGCCCAACAACGAUGGUGAAAAGGGUCCUCCUGCUCACAGUGUGAAUAACAGAUUACAAGGCCUGGUGUUGAAGAAAUGUUUCAGUUUGGAGCCUGGAAAGGAUAUCCUCAGACCAUCUCAAAAAGGAGGAAAAGAUGACUAUGAUGGCUCACCAGUACCCCUCUUGGAUCUUCAUUAAUGAGAAGACAUUCAUAACCAGGGAACAACUUAAUUCUUUAUUGAAGACCUAUAACAUUUUUUAUGAGAACCAGAAAAAUCUGCAUAUUUUAUACGGAGAGACUGAAGAUGGCAAACUAAUUGUUGAAGGAAUGCUGGACAUUUUCUGGGGAGUAAAACGACCUAUACAGCUAAAAAUACAAGAUGAGAAGCCAUUCUCUUCUUUUACUAGUAUGAAGUCAUCAGAUGUCUUCUCCAGCAAAGGAAUGACACGCUGGGGGGAAUUUGACGAUCUCUAUCGUAUUAGUGAGCUGGACAGGACCCAGAUUCCUAUGUCUGAGAAAAGGAAUUCCCAGGAAGACUAUUUAUCUUAUCACAGCAACACCCUGAAGCCACAUGCAAAGGAUGAACCAGACUCCCCAGUGCUCUAUAGAACCAUGAGUGAAGCAGCUCUGGUGAGAAAAAGGAUGAAGCCUCUGAUGAUGGACAGAAAAGAAAGACAGAAAAAUAGAGCCUCUAUUAAUGGACACUUCUAUAACCAUGAAACAUCAAUUUUCAUUCCAGCCUUUGAAUCAGAAACUAAGGUCAGAGUAAACAGUAACAUGAGAACUGAAGAAGUAAUAAAGCAACUUCUCCAAAAAUUUAAGAUUGAAAAUAGUCCCCAGGAUUUUGCUCUUCACAUUAUUUUUGCAACAGGAGAACAAAGACGACUAAAGAAGACAGACAUUCCGCUACUGCAGAGGCUCCUACAGGGACCUUCUGAAAAGAAUGCUCGCAUUUUCCUCAUGGAUAAAGAUGCAGAAGAAAUUAGCAGUGAUGUGGCUCAAUACAUUAACUUUCACUUUUCUCUCUUGGAAUCCAUUCUUCAAAGAUUAAAUGAAGAAGAGAAAAGAGAGAUUCAAAGAAUAGUAACAAAAUUCAAUAAAGAAAAGGCGAUUAUACUGAAAUGUCUUCAAAAUAAACUAGUAAUAAAAACAGAGACAACAGUUUAGCAGUACAAGCUUCUAUUGCUAAAACAUUUCAAAAAACUCAGAGAUAUUACUAUUUGAUGAAUGCAUAAGUUCUGUACUUGCAUUUAUAUGAACAUAUAUGAGACUUGAAUCGUAGAAAAUUGAAUGUCAAAAAAAGCUUGUUUCUUUUUGAAGUGAUGAGGUUAACUAGGGUUCACAGUUGGACAAAAUGAGUUUGAGUUUAGUUUCAGUAACUGAAAUAAGCUUGAAUACUGCAUAUGCCAAAUAGCUUUUAUAGUAAACCAUGUAAUGAACUCAAAUUUAAAUGGUGUCUUCAGAUAAGCAGUUUAAACUUCAUUUAGCUUGGACUCUCAAGAGAACUGAAACAUAAUCAAUGGAUUCAGAAAUGACUCAGAAAAAAGAAGCUGCCAGUUCUUGGAAUGAAAAAGAAAUACAGUCUUACACCAUCAAGGAAUCUACCUGAUAGUGAUGGUAGCUUCUUGAAAACUCUGGCAUUUUCAUAAAAUCUAGGACUAUCUUAAAUGGCCUGUUGACUUCUGACUAUCUGUAACAUCAGAGCUGUCUGGCCUUUGGAAAGGAAAAAUUAUGGACUCUGUUAAGAAAUCCUAAUUGAAAUUUUCUGAACCUCCCCCCAGCCCUUUUAUUCUCUCUCUUCUACUGAUGAAAGACCUUUCAUCAGUUCAAAGCUUUUCUUAAGCUCUUUUUUAAGUUAAUUGAACUUUUUCUUUCUUUAUUUUUCAAAAAAAUGUUUAUAUCACAUAGACAUAUUACAUCAGCUAAAGCAAGCCUUGGCCCACAAAUACCUAUUUGUUGCUGAAUGAAUACAAUGGAUAAAGCAAGGCUGUUGUAGCUGAAGUUACAUAGGGAAUCCCAAACUCUGCCCUCUUAGCAUCUUAUUCUACAUGACAACUCUCAAGGUACUCACAGAUCUGUUUAACCCACUUGAAAAAAAACACUAAAAAUGAAGAAAUGCUAUAAGUAUAAUCUAUGAUUUUAUUUAUAAAUUCUAUAUUAAAAUGGAAUUAUAUGCAACAUUCUUUCAUUCUGUAAACUAAUUCCAUUUGCAUUCCUCAUAAGCAUUGUAGUAAAUUGAUCAUAUUACAUAUACUAAGGAAUGAGAUUAUAUGCAGUAAACCCAACUGGAAGAUUAACAAUAUUAAAAUAUGAAACAUUUUUAAGACAAAGGCAUUACUUCUCAGUAUUACCAAACCUAAACUGGAUGAAGGUGAAAGUGUGCUAUGGCCUUUUCAAGCCUAAGAAGUCUCUCUUACUGAGUAAACCAGAGGCUUGCAUCGUUAUUCUUUCACCUGUCAAUAUUAAUAAGAAAAUAGUUUCAUCUCACUUAAAUGAGGUAAAUGUAAUAGUUAAAAUUCAACAUACUUAUAAAAAACUAGUGUCAUGUACCUGCCAUGAACAUGACAAAAGGUUAAUCUUCAAUAGACUGAAAUGUAUAAGAGAAGAACCAAGUCUUACAUAGAAAAAAAGGCAGAUAUGAAAAGAAAAAUCACAGAAGAGAGAAUGCAAAUGGCCACUAAGUAUAUGAAAAAAGUCGUAUCUUAACAGUGAACAACUGUGUUAGUCUGUAUCAAUCAGAAGACAGAAACAAGGCAGUAAUUUAAACAGGGAAAGUUUAAUAUAAAUAAUAAUUAAGCUAUGAUAGGAGAAUAAUAAUAAAGAUGAAAAGAGAAGGUACCCUAAGGCUGAGGGAAAGAAUCCUAACAAGGAAAGGCAGGAAUGAGGGUUUCAGAAUUCACUGGAGAAAGUGUGGUUGCAGCCCACUGGAGAGAAGUUUGCUGGCUUGCCCAGGCCAGAGCAGGACCACAGAUACCGGACAAGCUGGUACAGCCAACCCCCUAGGUGUGGACCAGCUGAGGCAGGUGGGCAGAUAUGCAGAGGGACUUGGGGCUUUGCCAAAGGGUAAGCACAAAGAAGGAGCCAGGGGUUCUGUUCGAGGCACUGUUGGGAUUAGGAGCCGGAGGGGCCUACUUUGCAGGAACCUAGCAUAACUUUGUGUGACGAGACUGCACAAGACAAAGCUCAGGCAAGUGGCUCAGUAGUUGGCCAUCCCAGCAGGGUCCUCUAUAUGAGUGUGCACCCAGCUGAAGAGACGAUAUGGAGAACAGCAACUGGAGCUUCAGGACAGGCUUGCACUGUGGCUCCAGGUUAUACCACCACUGCCCAAAGCAAAAGCUGGAGAAGCAAGUGGAGAAAUGCUGGAGAAAGCUGCACCCUACAGGCAACCAGCACUGCAGAAACCACUCCAGGCAAAGUAGUGAAGGAAAAAAGCCUGCUCUCCAGUAGCCUGGCCUGUCAGCCUGGAGGAAUCAGGAGAGACCCCUUCCUCUUGCAGUGUGUCUCCAGCGCCCUCUACUGACAAAGUAUGCCAUCAUGCAAGCUGCAAAGGAAACAUUUAAAGAGCCUAUACCUAUUUUCACGGAGCAGGCAACCAACAGUGAAUGUGGAGCUGAGAGACAGUAAAAUAAUAACUGACAUGCCACCGAAGUACAAAGUUAAAUAAAUAAAUAAAUACACAUUUUGGCCUAUUAGCAAAGAUUAAGAAAUGAUAACAUUAAAUACUCAAUAAAUCACCAUGAGAUGGGGACUCAAACUUCUGGUAAAAAUACAAAUGGAUAUAAUUUUUCUUGAAGGCAAUUUAGUAGUCUGUUUAUCUUAUAAUUCUACUUGUAAGAUCCUAUCAUAUGAAAAUAACCAGAGAUAGAAAGAAAUUCUGCAAAGAUAUGUUUUAUAUUGUUAUUUAUUGUGACAAAAGGAAAUAAAAAGCCUAAAUGUUCAGAAAAUUAUUUUAAAAGAUGAAAGAGGGAAAUAGGCCAUGGACGGUGGCUCACGCCUGUAAUCCCAGCACUUUAGGAGGCCAAGGCAGGUGGAUCACUUGAGGUCGGGAUUUCGAGACCAGCCUGGCCAACAUGGUGAAACCCUGCCUCUACUAAAAAUACAAAAAAUGAGCCGGGUGCGAUGGCAGGCGCCUAUAAUGCCAGCUACUCGGGAGGCUGAGGCAGGAGAAUCGCUUGAACCCGGGAGGCAGAGGUUGCAUGAGCCGAGAUGGCGCCACUGCUCUCCAGCCUGGGCGACAGAGCAAGACUCCGUCUCUAAAAAAAAAAAAAAAAAAAAAAGGAAAUAAACAUUUAUUUGUAUAUUGUUAUGUAGCCAUUAAAAUUCUGUUUCCAAAUAAUUUUAAUUACAGGGGUAAAUUCUUAUAUAUCUAAAUAAGAAUAUACACAUACACAUGUUCCAAAAUAUUUAUUAUACACUUAAGGCAUAUAUAUUAUAUAUGUAUGUGUGUGUAUAUAUAUAUAUAUAUAUGUGUGUGUGUGAACACUAAUAUUUGCAUAUAUAUACACAAGAAACAAAAACAUGUUAAAAAUGGCUAUAUCUGCAUUGUAGAAUUAUGAGUGAUUCAUGUUUUUCUAACUUCCCUAUCUGUAUUAAGUGUUCUAUAGUUUAUAUUUGUUACUUUUUACAUCAGGAAAUAGUAAAGUUAUUAUUUAAAACUUAUGAACAAAAAAGUAACAAGCACAUGCAAGCACAGGGUUCUACCAAAUGCAAAAAUUUCAAAUCAAUUAUUCAAAUGAGACAUUAACAUCACUUCUGUGGUAGUUUUAUAUCCAUAAAGUCUGAUUCUUCUCCUUUGAAGAGAUGGAGCUUAAUCUUCCUCAUCCUGAAAAUGGGCUGGACUUAGUGACUUACUUCUUUUUAUUUUAUUUUUAAUUGACAAAUAAUAAUUGUAUGUAUUUAUGGGGUACAAUAUUAUAUUAUGAUAUAUGUAUACAUUAUGGAAUUAUUAAAUCAAGCUAAUUAACAUAUCCAUAACCUCUUAUACUUAUAAUUUCUUUGUGGUGAGAACAUUUAAAAAUGUAUUCUUUUAGCAAUUAGGGACUUACUUUUAAUACAGGAAAAUGGAAGAGACUGUGAGACUUUGAAGUAGGUCAUAAAAGUCACUGUGGCUUCCUCCUUGCUGUCUCUUGGAUCACUUGUUCUGGGGGAAGUCAACUGCCAUGUCCUGAGCAGCCCUGGAAAGACCUACAUGAUGAAGAACUGAGACCUUCUGUCAAAUGCCAGCAGGGAAUUGAGGCCUCCUGUCAACAGCCAUUUUAGAAGUAGAUCUUCCAGCCUCAGUCAAGCCUUCAGAUGACUGCAGCCCUGUCUAAUAGCUUGACCGUAACUUCAUGAGAGACCUUCAGCCAGAAAACCCAAGGAAACCAUUCUGGAUUCCUCAUCCUCAGAAACUGUAUGAGAUAAGAAGGGUUUGUUGUAAUAUGCUGCUAAAUUUGGGGCAAUUUGUUACAUAGCAAUGUAUAGCUCAUACAAUUUCUGGGAAAAAAAUAGUUUAUUUUAGAAUCAUUUUUGCAUAAUGCAAGAAUAUAAACUUGUCACAGAAUCAUUUAUCCUUGUUUUAGGUGGUCCAAAUAUUUCAUUGUCAGUUAUAUAUUAGCUCAAAUUAAAUUUUAGAUAAUAUAUAUUAUUAUUAAUGGUAAAGAAUGUGUCACAUUUAUCUUUAUAGCUUUUCUGUACCUAAUAUUGUGUCUUGUGUGUAGGAUGUGCUCAAUAAAAACUGAUUGAAUAAAUAAGUGAAUGAAAGAAUAAAUGAAUGAGUGAAGGAAUUAUCUGAAAUAUUUUUAUAAAAUUCCCCAUAUGUAUGUAUUACUUAUUACAAAUCUGGUCCCAUAGCUGAAAAAAUAUUAAACAUUAUAGAUAU